AUGGCGGAAGAAUUAAAUGUAAGUGAGCUUGCAGACCUUCUUGGGGAUGAUGAACUGCUUGACGUGACGUCGCCGCUCGUCGCAGUACUGCCGCAGAGUGCCACUUCUGCAGAGUUGGACGGCAAGGAUGUUGGAAGCAAAAAAAAACACAAGCGGAAGGGCAAACGGUUACGUCACGAAAAAAAGCACCGUAAAUUGUCCGAAAUUGAAGAGAGUAAUGAAAGUGAAGACGAUAAUAAUGAAACACCGAGGAAACGUUCCAAAUACGUCAUUGAUGCAGCAGAAAGCGGUGAUUCGGAAUCUGAGGGUGACGACUUUAUUGUGGGAAGUGACGAGGAGGAUGAGGAUGGCGAUUACGUUGGAGGGAUUCCGACAUACGAGCCGCGUAAAACUCAUAUCUUUCGCGAGGGGGAGGAGAACAUGACCAGUGAGGAGCUUGCACGCGCUAUUGAAGAGCGUCACCGUGCCAGCAAGAAGGAGGGAGGAAAGACGGAAACAUUGUUAUUGGCUGGUCUCGGCAAGGGGAACAUGUCUUCAUUACGGUACACAUCUCAUCUUUUGCCACAGGACACGGACCCGAGAGUGUUUGCCGUGAAGUGUCGACCGCGGAUGGCUCGUCUGCUUGUAGCUCGGAUUGUAAAUAAGUGCUACGCGUACCGGAUUGGGAGGAACUACGAAAAGCGGAAGGUUGACCUGGGAAUCAUCUCCGUCUUUUGCCUAGAUCACGUAAAGGAGUACAUCUACAUUGAGGCACACCGCAAAGUUUUUGUUGAGAACGCAUUGAACGGUUUGGAUGGGCUAUUCCGCUACAAAAUUACUCUUGUAAAUCCAUCUGAAUUAAUGCAGAUGAUGGAGCGACGGCCCUCUCCUGAGAAGUUACGUGUUGGUUCUUUUGUUCGGCUGCGACAGCGACAGUACCGCCUUGAUCUGGCCCAGGUGGUUGAGGUUCACCCCAUCAGUAAUCAAGUGACUGUGAAAGUUGUACCGCGUGAGGAUUUUGUCGGUAAACCAUUUAAAAAAAUUGAAAUACGCCUGCCGCCAAGAUUUUUUGUUCCAACUCUUGCAGCGUAUGUGCAGGAGCGGGGCGAUUUCUACCGCUGGGGAGAUUUGACUUUUGACAAGGAGGGUUAUCUUUUAAAGACUGUCUCUUCCCGCAUGGUUAUCAGCGGCACAAAAAUGAAAAAUCCAACUGUGGAGGAGAUCGCUCUCUUUUUUAACAACGAUCGAGAACGCGUGCGAGAGGCUGUUGCACGGUUUGCCUCGGUCGGUCAUCGAGGAGCGGAUUUGCGCAUUGGUAAUACUGUGCGGGUGGUCUCGGGACAGCUGCGAGAGACUGUGGGCACCAUUGAAAACAUAUUUUUAGAUACCAAUACGGUUUCCCUCUCGUGCCCUGUCCCUGGGAGGAAGGAACCAAUAAAAGUUCGUGUUGAGCUUGCGGCCUGCGUGAAACACUUUGCUUUAGGCACGCAUGUUAUAGUCAGCAGUGGAGAACGGGCCGGGGAAAGUGGCACGGUGGUGAACUCAUCCGGGGAUGUUGUGUACAUUUUUUCUGAUAGGGCCACCGCUUCCCGUGAGUUGACGGUGUGUGCCAGCGACUGCCACCAGAGCAACUUGAUUGGCUCCUUUGGGCACACAUCUGGCUCAUGGAGGCUGUUUGAUUUAGUGAUGUUGGCCGACACCUCCUCCGUGGGCUGUAUUGUUCGUAUUAACCGUAAUGAUAUUUGCGUCUUGACGGAUCGCAGUGAGACACGUUACUUGUCUCCCAUGCAAAUCAAAGCUGCAGUCGCAAGUCCACGCCAGACCAUGGAUAGACUAAACAACAUUGUCACCCGCGGAGCGGAGGUGAUCAUUCAAACUAGCCCCAACACGCCUUACCACUUGGUUGGGCAAACAGGGCGUGUGGAACAGCUAUUCGGCUCAACACUUUUUGUUCGCGUGCGUAGUGUGAAAGAAAAUGCGGGGCUGGUGGUUCUUGAUGCACGUUCGGUUUUGUUAAUUGGUGGACGCACUAGUACGAAACACAUCCAACAGCCCAAACAACUUCCCGCGGUGCAGCUGAACCCACAUAAUGCCACGAAGGGUGAUGUUUCUGUUCCACAUCCGCGUCUUACAUCUGAGGAUUGGGCGACGAACUCCGAGUGGUAUGAAAUCGAUGCAAGUUGA